AUGACAAUUACCGUGGAUGACCUCAUGGUUCACGAAGUGGAAGAGGAGGACGGAAUCGGUCCAAGAACAAACCGAUCUGUCAGUUAUCAAGGUCAAGAAGCUACUGCCAAUGUUUAUUCAGCUAAUACUUCAUCUACAACAUAUACCAAUCCUCAAGCUUACAUGGCUGCACCAAGUUCUGGUGAUCCAAACAACAAUUCUUGGUUUCUAGACAGUGGAGCUACGCAUCAUAUUACAGUUGACAACUCUAAUUUGGCUAGCAAGAAUGAUUACAAUGGCAAAGAGAAAUUGGUUAUUGCUGGCUUACCUUUGGAAUUCUCAUCAGCGGUUUACCUAAUUAACAAAGAGCGGUUGACUUUGAAUUAUACAAGUAUAUCUUCUUCAUACAUCUCAUAUGCAGCAACUGCCUGCUAUGGAAACGAUGUGUCUGAGUUCCCAUCAAGCAACUUCUUCGCGUCGGCCGGAGAGGGGAUAUGGGACAAUGGGGCAGCUUGUGGGAGGCAGUACCUGGUGAGGUGCAUAAGCGCAGUGGUGCCCAUGACAUGCAUAGCAGGGCAGACCAUUCAGAUUAAGAUCGUUGAUAGAGCGGUUACAUCGGUGUCUAGGCCUUCAAGGAAUGGUGCAACCAUGGUGCUUUCCACCACUGCAUUUGGGGCUGUGGCUAAUGCUUCUGCAUCAUCCAUUAACAUAGAGUUUCAACAGGUCUGAAUCGGACAACACAACUCAUUCUUAACGUUGUGGAAGGGGAAAGGGUCUGAAUCGGACAAUGGAACUCAUUUAUAACGUUGUGGAAGAGGGAACUGACCUUCUGUUUCUAGAACUUCAUAUGGAGAAAUGUCAAUGGCUUGAGUGGUCCGCCAUUGAUUUAUUGGAACGAUAGAAUGCCUUUCUGAAUGUUCAGCACCUAAUAAAUUGAAUAGGAUUUAAUUCUAUUUAUUUUUCUGAUGGACUUUCUCUCCUGUGUGGUGCAAAUUCAAUACCUGCCUCAUUCUUGAUUA